AUUGGUAUCAGCUACCUCUAUCAAUUCUUUGCAAUUCUACACAACUCGCUGCUGCUUGGGCCUAUUUUUGUUUUUCUGUUCUCUAUCUUGACUUUUCUUGCUAUUUUAUCGAGAAAAAGUUCUAUUUUCUAACUCUUUCAGCUUUGGCUCACCUAGCUAUUGAUAUUAAUUUCAGUGUCAUAAUUGUCUACUACAGAAACAAAUUUUUUGACAAUUCCUAGCAAUGGAUAAUCCCUCUAAUAAGUAUAUGAAAAAUAAACUAAACACUGGCAGGUUGACUAGCACUCCUUUGAAACACUCCAAUCUUAAUUUCAACUCAAAGACUCCAAGAUCAAUGAAUCAAAAAAGGAAAUCAAAUUUAUUCAAUCAGGAAAAUCUGAAUAUCAACACAAGUUCGUUAUACAACAUCUCCGAAUUGACAGAUACAAAUGAUAUAACCUAUAAGAAAAUCCUAAACAACAAUCUUAAAGACAAGGACAACAUUCCUAUAAAUCAUGCCAAUUCAGAAAUAAUCAAAUACUUAAAUAGUUCGAUUAAUCAGGCUACAAAAGAAUUACUUUUUAAUAAAAAGCUAAACAAACAACUAGAGAAAAAAUUAGAAGACGUAAAUAACUUAAAUAAUCAAUUAGUUCUUAAACUUCAAAAAUAUAAAAAAAUCUCUCUAAAUCAACAAAAUAUAAUCGACGAUUUAUCUGAAAAAUUAAAAUCAAGUCAGAUAAAUCAAAUAAAUUCAAUAGAUUCAAAUAAUCAAAAUCACACUAAUAACGAUACUCAUAAUAACAAUACUCAUAAUAACCAUAAUAAUAAUAAUAAUAAUAAUAAUAAUAAUAAUAAUAAUAAUAAUAAUAAUAAUAAUGAUUCAGACCUAGAUUCAGAUAUUAGUUUAAAUUCGUCUAUUAACCAAUCAUUCAGUCCAAACAAUUUUCAACACAAUCAAAAUAAUCAAAAAAAUAAAAAUAAAAAUAAAAAUCAAAGUAAUAAAAGUCAAAAUCAAAAUAGAAAAUACUCUCAAUCUUCUCCUUUGAACUCAAGACAAAAUAAUAACCAAAAUUUAUUACCUGAUCAAUACUCGUCAGAAGAUACUAAAAUUCAAAUGAUUUUUCAAUUACAAUCCCAGUUAUAUAACCAACAGUUAGAAUUCCAACAAUUUAAGAAUUCCUUAAACCAAAAUACUCCCGUAGCUAAUAACAAUAAUAACAACAACCAAGGAGAAAAUGAAAAUAAAAAUGAAAAAAAAUUUAAAAAUAAAGAAAAUAUAAAAUUUAAAGUUGAUUCCAUAGAUAAUAUAGAGAUCAGUGAAAAGCCAAUUCAACAAUCAACUCCAAUACAAAAAAAAACAAAUAAAACCACAGAUGAAAUUAAUAAUAAUCACAAUGAAAAUAUUACUACUACUACUACUACUGCUAAUAAUAAUAAUAAUAAUAAUAAUAAUAAUAAUAAUAAUGAAAAUAAUAAUGAAAAUUUUGCACAAGAUUUAAAAGUCGUUGAAUCAAUUUUACAAAAAUAUAUUAGAAAAAAUCGAUUGAAAAAAGAACUUCAUGAAAUUGAGAAUGAUGAGUAUUUAAAAUAUCUUGAAGAAAUUAAAUCAAUUGUAAUUCAAAAAAAUAAUAACAAUAAAAACCAAAAAAUUAAAACAAAUCCCUUGAACAUUACCAAAAGGUCUUUAAAUAAAAAUUUGAAAAACAAGUUAAUUAAUCAUUCAAACAAUCCAUUAAACAAUCAGCUAGAUAUUGACUUAUUCAAAAGAUUAGGACUACAAUCAAAAUCUCCUACAAACGAGAACUCCAAUAAGACCAAUACCAAAAACAUUGAUUUACAAACAUUAAGAUCAAUAAACCCUACUGCAAACAACUUUGAUUUUGAUUUUGAUUUUGAUUUUGGCUUAGUUAACAAUGAUAUCGAUACUGACAUUAAUCCUGAUUUGAAUACGAAUAACAAUAAUAUCUGGAAUGAAGAGCCAACACCUAGCUACAGAGACGUUGAAAACUCAUUGAAAACGCUGCUCUUAAACUUGAAAAAAGAGUAUAAGGAUAAAGCAAUUGAAUGUGCUCAGCUAUCCAAACAAAUACUAAACUCAGAUCCUAAGAACAAUCUCAAGGCCAACACUCGAGCAACCCAAAUCUUGCAAAAAUCUUACGCUGCUCUUGCAAAGAAACGAGAGGAAAUCUACAAAUUGAGUUCUAUCCUAAAGAAAGAAUUGGGAUCAGACUAUGAGGAUUUCUUCAACAACCUGGAUGCCAGUCCUGAAGAUGAUGCUGAUAUUGAGUCUGAAAUCGACGAUGAUUCGAUGAACUGAACAUGCAAGACCAGCUUGGUGCUGUUCAAGAGUCUGGACACACAGCUUCUCACUGUAGCAGCACUUUAGUUAGUGUUUCUGGCGACUGCUGUUAAAUAUUCUACGUACUUUGCUGUUUCUGCUUCCUCUGCAGAUUUAUAGCAAUAAGUUGCGCGCGCAUGCUACUAAAGUGCGCGCGCAACUUAUUCUGUAUCACGGGAGCGCUAGUUAAAUUUUUCAUUUUCCC